AUGACCCUGCGCUUUGCUUGGGUGCUCGUUACGGCAUCAUUGCAGUUCGCUUCAGGCACCGUCCAGCGCUUCAGCGUCUUUUCGGAUCCGAUUUUUCUUCGCCCCAGCGAGGUGCACAAUCGGUAUGUUUUGCCCAAGGCGUUGCCUGAGCAGAUCGUGAAACAGUUUGCAAACCAGACCAUGCACGUCAAAAGUUUGCAGCUGGACAUCUUGCUGGUGAACAACACGACAGGGGAGAAGACGCCUGCGCCCCUUUACAAAACCUACAACCACCAUCACGGCCUCAUGCUGGGAUCGCACGACGACCUCAUGCAGAUGUACAAGUACGCUCAGGGCAAGGACCCUUUUGACCCCAGCCUUUACCCGAACCAAACGGAUGCUUUCCAGGUACGUGAGCUUGCGCAUGCGCAGGCGCAUGCACAUGCAAGUGUGCACGGCGCAUGCAUGAUGAAGCGCCGUUCUUUCGAGUCCCUCAUCAACUCCGCGCUCCCACAAGCGAAGCGCUCGAGUGUGACGGUGUUCGGGGGUGCCAGCGGCGCGGAGUACCGGGGGACCUCCUCCAAACUGGCAGGACCCUACACCUACGGUGUGGACAGCCCUGAGGGCUUUAUGGCAUUGAUCCACUUCAUCAACACUCACGGUGCGCCAGAAAGCAAGAAGCUCUGGGAAUGUCCUUGCACCACCGAUCGCAACAUCAACAUCUCCAAUGGCACCAUUGAUGGCAAGGUGCCGGUCGCCUUUGAUUGCUCCGAGCAGCUGCUCCAAGAGAGGAACACAGCCUGCAGUUUGGCCACCUAUCAGGGCGGCUACAGGUGCUGUGAGCACGGAGUCUUCCUCACCGAGGCGCCCCAUCCCCGGGGGCCGAUACAGCAGAUCGAGGCGAAGUUCACCUUCGAGUUCUAUGCGCCAGAUGCCCCCGAGGUCAAGAGUGCUCGUCGCACCAUGCAGCCCUCUUGCUGCGAUGCAACGCAGCCCAAGCUGGAGGAGAGGAGCAUCUUCACGGGGGGCAACGUGGAAUACGACGUCCCGCAAUGCGCCCCGGGGACACCUCCUGAGCAGUGCGAGCACGUGCUGAGCAACAUCGAGUUCUUUGACGUGUCUGGGGAUAAUGCCAGUGAUUCAGAGGAAGAGUUUGAAUUAGUUCAUGCCUGGGGCCACCAGCACGUGGGUGGGAACGGCCUGGAGCUCUACAAGGAGUCCACCGGCGAGCUUUUGUGCAGGACCCAUCCCAAAUAUGGCGCUGGCAAGAAAGCGGGCGACGAGAGGGGCUUCGUGGUGGGCAUCCCACCUUGCGUCUGGGGCCCGCCCCCUCUGAAACCUCCACCACGCUUGCGACGCUCAGACCACAUGCGCACGGUGGCCAGGUACAAUUCCACCCAAAGUCACCAUGGAGUGAUGUCCCUGUGGUUCUUGACUGCCACUCCGGUGAAGUCCCAGGGCGCGAGGGAGGAGUACUUGAUUUGA